CAUUUUAUUAAAGUGCCAAACGGAGACGCCAAUAAAUUUCGGCGCUUUAGCUUUAAGGGGCUGUUGGGUUCGGAGUAGGCUGGUCCGUCCGAGGAGAUCACAUGAUCCAUCCGGAUUUCUGUUCUUGUUCCGACUGACAGCUGAAGACAGAGGACGAUGAAGCUGAUCAUCCUGAAUGACUACGACCAGGCGAGCGAGUGGGCUGCAAAGUACAUUAGAAACAAGAUUUUACACUUCAAACCUGGACCCAACAACUUCUUCACAUUAGGACUCCCCACAGGAAGCACUCCUUUAGGAUGUUACAAGAAGCUGAUUGAAUACUACAAAAAUGGAGAAAUCUCCUUCGAGUUUGUGAAAACCUUCAACAUGGACGAAUAUGUUGGACUUCCCAGAGAGCACCCUGAGAGCUACCACUCCUUUAUGUGGAACAACUUCUUCAAGCACAUCGAUAUUAGAGCAGAGAACACUCACAUUCUUGAUGGAAAUGCAGCUGACCUCCAAGCAGAGUGCAGCUCCUUUGAGGAAAAGAUAGCAGAGGCCGGAGGGAUUGAGUUGUUUGUUGGAGGAAUUGGACCUGAUGGCCACAUUGCCUUCAAUGAGCCUGGUUCAAGCCUGGUUUCCAGAACCAGAGUGAAGACACUGGCAAAGGACACAAUUAUGGCCAACGCUCGAUUCUUCGAUGGAGAUCUCUCAAAAGUGCCCACCAUGGCACUGACGGUGGGAGUGGGUACUGUCAUGGAUGCAAAAGAGGUCAUGAUUCUUAUCACUGGAGCACACAAGGCCUUUGCUUUGUACAAAGCAAUAGAAGAAGGUGUCAAUCACAUGUGGACAGUGUCUGCCUUCCAGCAGCACCCACAGACUGUUUUUGUAUGUGACGAAGAUGCCACCCUGGAGUUGCGGGUCAAGACUGUCAAGUACUUCAAAGGGAUGAUGCAUGUGCACAACAGGCUGGUGGAAACACCUUUAUCGCAGCUGAAGUAAAGAGACCUCAUUUAUGGAAUAUGAGGCAUUUCUAAUAAAAUUACACUCCAAUCAUUCCUCGUACUCUUUUACCGCCGUUUAGAGAUAGUAGUGAACAUUCACACUACUAUUUUUAAUGGUACCUGUGCAGGUUGAUAAGUUGUCUAUACAGCCUCCUGUCAUUUAUGUUCUUUGUAAUAAAAUACGUGAUUUACAUA